UGGUUUCCCUACGUGAUGCCACAUGCCAGGAUGAAGUCCCCGUCAGAGCCGUGGUGGCAGAGCUGGACCACCCCCUGCAGAGCGACACGGGGGAUCGAGUGCCGAGGGAAAUGAACUGGCUUUUCAUUUUUCCUGAUGCUGCAAAUGAGUUCCCCAAAGGCACGGGGGAAUGUUUAAGUUAAAAAGACAAACAAACAAUGAGCUGCUUACUGAUGAGUGCUGAUUAUGAGAUUGAGACAGUGAAGCUGGCCCGCUUAGUGUUCAGCAAACUGCAUGAGAUCUGCAGCAACUGGGUGAAAGACUUUCCCCUCCAGCCGAAGCCCCACCGCUACUACGAGACAUCCAUCCACGCCAUCAAGAACAUGCGCAGGAAGAUGGAAGACAAGCACGUCUGCAUCCCGGACUUCAACAUGCUCUUCAACCUUGAGGACCAAGAAGAGCAAGCUUAUUUUGCAGUGUUUGAUGGUCACGGGGGAGUGGAUGCUGCCAUCUACGCCUCCAUCCAUCUCCAUGUCAACAUGGUCCACCAGGAGAUGUUUCAGCAUGACCCAGCAGAGGCACUGUGCCGGGCUUUCCGGGUGACCGACGAGCGCUUUGUCCAGAAGGCAGCCAGAGAGAGUCUGCGUUGUGGAACCACUGGGGUGGUGACCUUCAUCCGAGGAAACAUGCUGCACGUGGCUUGGCUUGGGGACUCCCAGGUUAUGCUCGUGAGGAGAGGCCAAGCUGUGGAACUGAUGAAACCCCACAAACCAGAUCGAGAGGACGAGAAGAAGCGCAUCGAGGCACUUGGUGGCUGCGUGGUCUGGUUUGGAGCCUGGAGGGUGAAUGGGAGCCUGUCAGUCUCCAGAGCUAUUGGGGACGCCGAGCACAAGCCAUAUAUCUGUGGGGACGCAGACUCUGCCUCCACUCUACUAGAUGGCUCUGAAGACUACCUCAUUUUAGCCUGCGACGGCUUCUACGACACGGUCAAUCCCGAUGAGGCAGUCAAAGUGGUGGCUGACCAUCUCAAGGAGAACAACGGCGACAGCAGCAUGGUAGCACAUAAAUUAGUGGCGUCCGCUCGGGACGCCGGUUCCAGCGACAACAUCACUGUCAUCGUGGUAUUUCUCAGGGACAUGAACGCAGCGGUGGCUGUUAGCGAGGAGUCGGACUGGACGGAGAACUCUUUUCAAGGUGGGCAAGAAGACAACGGGGAAGAUAAGGAAAACCACGGAGACUGCAAACGGCCCUGGCCCCAGCACCAGUGCUCAGCGCCCGCAGACCUGGGCUACGAGGGGCGAGUGGAUUCCUUCACCGACAGAACUACCUUAAGCAUAGGAUCCAGCGUUCACCCCUUCGAUGAUCAAGGCUAUUUAGACCUGACAAAAACAGAAACUCGUACACCUCAGAGUGCCAAACGUCUGCCACCCCUUCAAGCGUUUAGCCCCGACAAACCAAAGAGUGUGGAUUUGCUCAACGGCUUCGCGGCGAAGAAGGAAUCCCCGCAGCGGAUUGUCCCCGUGUCCUCCCUCUGCGGACAGAGCGGUCCCAGGGGGUACCCCGCUCCUCUCACCUUGGGUGCUGCAGGGCAGAGCGUCUCCAGGGCGAAGGGUUUAUCCCCCAUCUUCUUUGGGCUGGAAGAUGAACUGUUCAAACCCCUGGGCAAACGAGCCGCAUCGUCCUUUCCCUUCCGACCCUGUAACGGGAAGAGGCGACGAGGAGCCAGGCUCACACCAAAGUUUCACACGUUGCUCUCAGCUCACGAGCCUUCCCACAGAGAAGGAUGGGGUCUGUCCUUACCCCUGCGGGGCUGCGGGGGCAGGAGGCUGUCGCUGAGACACUCCUCCCCGUGGUGGAGGCUGCCCCCCGGCCACGGCGCUCGCAGCCAGAGCAUGUUUUUGCUGCGAAGGCAAAGUCAUUGUAUACCAGAUUCAUCCCUUCAUCAACGCUGUAAAAUGUAACCAUCUCCCUCAUGUUUCCCCCCCCCCCCC